GCGCGCGUGGAGGCGGUCCGGUUGCUGCUGCCUCAGUUUUUCUGUAAUCGCUUUUCUGCCGCUGCCUACCUCCAGUUAAAUAGCUAGGACACGGGAGCGAGCAGACCGUGUGAGGAUAUUACUUUUUUUUCCGGUUACCGUGGGAUUAUUACGACGCGGAAUUGCAGCAUCGACGGCCAGCCGCCAGGGCCCACGAUGUCCAGCGAAGUGCAGAGACCGGACGACAGCCCCAGCACCAGCGGGGGCAGCUCGGAUAUCGAACAAAGGGAAUCGGUACCCACCGAACAUGAGCGAGAGCAAGCACAGCCCAAAAAGAAGGAGACCAAGAUCUCGAGUAAAACCGCUGCUAAACUUUCAACUAGUGCCAAGAGGAUUCAGAAAGAGCUCGCAGAAAUAACACUAGACCCACCUCCAAACUGCAGCGCCGGCCCCAAAGGAGACAACAUCUACGAGUGGAGGUCGACCAUCCUGGGACCCCCGGGCUCCGUGUACGAGGGGGGCGUCUUCUUCCUGGACAUCGCCUUCACCCCCGACUACCCCUUCAAACCCCCCAAGGUAACCUUCCGUACGAGGAUCUAUCACUGCAACAUCAACAGUCAGGGGGUGAUCUGUCUGGACAUCCUGAAGGACAACUGGAGCCCCGCGCUCACCAUCUCCAAGGUGCUGCUGUCCAUCUGCUCCCUGCUCACAGACUGUAACCCAGCCGACCCUCUGGUGGGAAGCAUCGCCACACAGUACCUGACCAACAGAACGGAGCAUGACAGAAUAGCCAAACAAUGGACGAAGAGAUACGCCACAUAGACCACCGACCAUCCCCUCCUGUACCUCCCUCACCCGUCACUGUACCUCUCUCUACCCCUCUCUCUCUCUCUCUCUCUCUCUCUCUCUCUCUCUCUCUCUCUCUCACCCUUAAGGCCUUCACACAACGGGGUGGGCGGGACCAACGAACGGCACGAAAAUGCGAUACUUGCAAAUAUUUCUCAUCAAAACUAAUUAGUUACAAGACUUUAAGUAAAAGGUUCUAAUAGAUUCACGCAGGCAGAGGACCAACUACCAGGAUCCCAUUGAUCACUGAUCCUAUCGAUCAUUGAUCAUUGAUCCUAUCGAUCAUUGAUCCUCUCGUCUGUCUGAUCUGUCUGAACUGUUGCGCAGCCUAAACUACUGUAAGCUGUCUUUUUGAGUUUCCUUUUAGCGAAAUGCUCUGAGUGAAUUUGAGUUCCCUCUGGUAAAAACAAUUAGUGUACUUACCUG